ACUUCCAGAGGUGGCUGCGUAUGAUGUUCAAAUUCGUCCAAUUUAUUAACGUUUUAGUCUUGAAUGGAAGUGUUUAUUUAGAUCACUGGCAAUAAAUCUCAGAUUUGGAUGUACGUGUACACGUUCUCUGGCUAAACUAGAAGUUUCAAUAAGAAGAGCCACAUUCGUUUUUACAACUCUUUACAAUGAUUUCAAAUUCAGUUUGGUUCACAAUAGUGUUGACAAUGUUCCUAACAAAACAUACUUCAAGCUUCUUGGAACAUAUUCUGGAUAUGGAUCAUAUAAAGUGGAUCAGUCACGUUUUAGGCGAUUAUGACGCAGAAGAUGAAACUGAUGAUUAUUAUUUUGACGAAGAAUAUUACUACGACAGAGAUGAAACUACUAUUGAUGACAAGAACGGUGAUCGGUACGGCAGUACCACUCUUUCAAUUGAAAGCACAACUAAACGGGAAGUUUCUUUGCCUCCACAUGAGGAAGUUUGUGGCAGGAGGUUAGUUCCGUUGCAUCGAAUAAUUGGAGGAUCGAACGCAACUUUUGGUCGCUGGCCGUGGCAAAUCUCCUUGCAUCGUCGGAAGGAUAACUCAAACUACACUCACCAUUGCGGCGCCUCUUUGCUGAACGAAAACUGGGUUAUCACUGCAGCUCACUGUGUCAAUGAAGUACCAAAAUCUGAGUUACUUAUACGAAUUGGUGAACUUGAUUUGACGAUUUUCAAAGGAUCUAGGAGAUUGGUUCAGACUGUGGUCAGCCAUCCGAGUUUCGAUCGAUCAACUCUGGAAUAUGAUUUGGCCUUGAUAAGGCUGCAUAAACCGGUGACACUCCAAGCAAAUGUAAUUCCAAUUUGUUUGCCGGACAGCAAUGAAGACCUUAUCGGUCGAACAGCUUACGUCACUGGAUGGGGUGGACUGCAUGAUGCUGGUCCCAUGGCCACUACGUUGCAAGAAGUACAGAUUCCAGUAAUAGACAAUGAAAUCUGCGAAGAAAUGUAUCGCACUGCAGGAUACGUGCACGAUAUUCCAAAAAUUUUCACCUGUGCUGGUCUGAAGGAUGGUGGACGUGACGCGUGUCAAGGUGAUUCCGGUGGGCCAUUGGUUGUCCAACGACCAGAUAAGCGUUUCUUCUUGGCUGGUGUCGCUUCGUGGGGCGGUGUCUGUGGUGCGCCAAAUCAACCAGGGGUCUAUACGAGGAUUUCGGAGUUCCGGGAGUGGAUCGAACAUGUUAUGAAUACCAGACUUAGAUAUUCCGUGAAAUAAAUACAUCAUGCGUA